AUGUCUCUGAGCUUUUCACCGGGAGCACCUCAGACAGAGAAUGCAUCCGACGAAAAGGGCAAUGAGAAAGAUGCCGCUACUACACCAAGCAAGACUGAUGCUCUACUGCAGACAAGCUUUCAAGAAGAGUUGUUGGAAACUGAAACUCAGGUGGGCACGCCGCUGCCGGACAACGACCUCGAAAUCAGUGUUCUGGCCAACGAGUUCCAGAGGGUCGCUCUGGACAAGAAGGCCGCCUCGGUCGAGCAGUGGCUACACCAGGGUUCUUCGGGGCUGCCCACGUCACCGCAGAAGUGGGACGCGGCCGACAGCGGUUCCAGCGCCUACCACACGGGCGGAUCGUCAUCCGCUUCUCCGCCCACCCUCGAGCUCGGUGGGAGGUCCGGUUCCCUGCUGUCCUUAGCAGGUGCCCUGAUGUCGACACCCGUCUAUCCUUCCCUGCCUCCCAUGACGAGGACAGGCGCCACCGUAGGGUCCGCGGGACACGGUACGGGACCCACCGAGGACAAGUCAACUCAGAUGCGAGACUCCGACAUGCAGAGCCUGACGAGCUGCGAGUCCUGCCGGUGUCACCUGGACUUCGCCGCGACGACUGCCCAAGACAGUGAGCGAGCCAGCCUGCGUCCGCCGUGGCUCUUCGGUUCCCGACUACGUCUCCCUCUACCCGACCAUCAACAUCUGUUCCGUGAAGCCCUGGCGCGACGUAACGGUCGCGUCCAUGCGACAAAGUCGUCGUCAUCUUCUGCUCUCCCCACUCCAACGUCGACCAAGAAGGACCAACUGGUCUCAGCCACAACUGGAGGUGGUGAACACGGCGGUGACGAAACGGACCUCAAGUCCCAGUGGAAGGUGAAGAGGAGGGCCGACGGGACGCGGUACAUUACCAGGAGGCCUGCCAGGACGAAGCUGCUGAAGGAACGCGAGCAGAAGAUCCUCGAAGAGCGGAGCGGUCUGACGACAGAUGACGACAACCACUCGGAGUUGAAGACUGGAAAAUACUGGGCCAAGGAGGAGAGGAAGAGGCACCUCGAGAAGGCCCUUGACCAUUUUUCGGUAGAAAACCUUUCGACAGUGUUGAAAGCCAACCGAGUAUCUUACAACAAAGAGGAGAUGUUGGACAGCUGA